AGUUUUGUUCGUGAAUAUAUUCCUACGAAAGUGACCAAUCAGAAACUAGGUCACACCUUAUGGAUUCAAUCAAUACGUUUGUCGCGCAUUGUAAAGACAAAAUUUCUUUUGAUUUUUUGUGGGGUAAUUCAGGCAAAACCCGACCUAUGAAGAUGCCACGGGCACGUCAUGACAGGUCGCGGUCUCGCUCUGAGAGUAGCGAACUAGAUCAUAGACGCAAGAAACGCAGAUACGAUGAUGAGGAAUAUGACAAAAGACAGUCAAGCCGAGAGCGUGGAAAAUAUAAACGGCGAGAGAGGUCAUAUGACCGCCGCAGUGAUAACACACCGUGCAGUAAUGACUCACACAAAAAGAAGUCUCGUUAUGAUAGGACCAGGUCACGAUCUCGCAGCUACAGAAGGGACCGUAGCUCUGAGCGUCUAAAUCGGCGCGAUGGAAGUUACAGCAGGGACCAAAGCAGCCAUUACCACUCUCGUCACAGCAGCCGCCAUCGCUCACGGAGUCACUCGCUGGACCGUUUCCAUAGCAACCAUGCGAGUCGUCACAACAGUCACAGCAGCUCGAGUCGGCGGCGGCAUCGCCAUCGGAAACAGAAGAGGAGGAGCUAUAGGCACCGACGUAGGAGUUCGUAUGAUUCAAGCGACAGUCAGGGUCGAGAGAGUGGAGGAGAUAAGGGUCAAAAGAUUAAAGAUGAUGAGGACGGGCAUCUAGUUUAUACGGAGGGAGACAUACUGCAAGCUAGAUAUGAAGUGGUGUCUACUCUGGGGGAAGGAACCUUUGGAAAAGUCAUCGAGGUGAAGGACAAACAAAGGAACAGCGACCAUGUGGCAUUGAAGAUUAUAAAAAAUGUAGAAAAAUACAGAGAGGCUGCUAAACUUGAAAUAAUAGUCCUUGAAAAACUACGGGAAAAAGAUCCCACCGGUAAAAAACUAUGUGUUCAGAUGUUGGACUGGUUUGACUACCAUGGCCACAUGUGUUUAUCAUUCAACAUGCUAGGACUAAGUGUUUUUGACUUUCUCAAAGAGAACAAUUAUAUUCCAUAUGACUUGGAUCAAGUCCGUCACAUAUCAUAUCAGUUGUGCUAUGCUGUCCAAUUCCUCCAUGAGAACCACCUCACUCACACAGAUCUUAAACCGGAGAACAUCUUGUUUGUCAACUCAGACUACGAUGUCUCCUUCAACUCAAAGAAGAAACGUGAUGAGCGUAACAUCCGCAACACGGACAUACAGCUGAUAGAUUUCGGGUCAGCGACCUUUGAUCACGAACAUCACAGCACCAUAGUUUCCACUCGACAUUACCGUGCACCAGAGGUCAUUCUGGAACUGGGCUGGUCACAGCCAUGUGAUGUAUGGAGUAUAGGCUGCAUCAUGUUUGAACUCUACACUGGCUAUACGCUAUUCCAGACUCAUGACAAUAAAGAGCACCUGGCAAUGAUGGAGAGAAUUCUGGGAAAUCUACCCUACAGAAUGACAAAGAAAACCAAGAAGCAGCGAUAUUUCUCGAGUUCAGGCAAGGUGCGAGACGCCGACCGCAACUGGUAUGUGAGGGACAACUGCAAACCCCUGUCGCGGUACCUCAAAGACCCGAAUAACAGCGACCACCAAGAGCUGUUUGACCUCAUAGACAAGAUGUUGACGUAUGAGCCCAGCGACAGGAUUACUCUACGGCAGGCACAACGACACCCCUUCCUUGCCCAGUUCUACACGUCGUCACGUGACAGGUCACAUCUCCUUGACGACCUGUCUGGGGCGGCCAAUGAACGGCCUCCGUCCAACGGGUACCGCUGACGUGGCGUUAGCUCAGCUUUCUUCUCCAGGGCUGGUUACUCAAUACUUUUACAGCAAGUUAAGAAAACAGCGGUUUAAUGUUGGAUCAAGUCAUAUGUGACUUAAUUCAUAACCCAUAAAUAUAUGAGUUACAUGUAAACAAAUUCGUUUUGCUCAAAUAUUUAGAAAAUGUUUAAAACAAAAUUCUUUUAAAAUUAUUAUUACUUGGGUCUGAAGUUAGCAGACUAUUACAUUAAUUUGCUGUUAAAGUUUUAAGCAACCGAGCCCAGCUUAUCUUUUAUGGCUUGUUAUAUAUGGCACUGUAAAUUGUAGAUAAUUGGCUACCUUAGCAAUAUUUUGGCUUACCAUUUGAGCCGCCCUCUGGGAAAACAGGGCUUAAUGCAUGUGCUUACAGUGUAGUCCUAGAUAAGCAAAUGCAGUCUGCACAAGCCAAGCAGGGUACACACUAAAUGCACAUGCAUUAAGCCCCAUAUACACAAAGCAUGCCAUUAAAACAGAAGCAGACAUGUCCUUCUGACACACAUGGUUAUAUAAGCUGUAGACAUUUCCAGUUGAUGCUUAUUUGGAAGAAUGAAUAGUUUAUGUCCGCAUGUUCCAUAGCUGGAAUGUGACGUCAGCUAUUGUACUGUUCUCAUUUCGAUACAUCUCUACAUGUUAGAAUUAAUGGCUUACUUGCUAAUUUCAAAACUGUGAGUGUUUUGUUACAAGUAAUGUUUUAAAAAGUAAUUUAUAUUUAUUUCUAUCAAGAUAAUGCUGCAUAUGUAUUAAAUUUACAACAGAUGUCUAAAAUUUUAUUCCAGAAACAAUAUUAUGAAAAUAAGUUGCAUUUACAUGAAUGCUGUUCUAGCAUCAUAUCUAACUUAACAUGCAAAUAAAAGAACUAGGAAAUGUACACCUAUGAGUUUGUCAAUAUAUUUUAUGCUCACUUCGAAUGGAGUAACACAUGUAUUCACAAUUCAUUGCCGUAUCACUGGUUGACGGCAUUUUGACAUUGUAAACGGUUUUAUUUACCAUGUUUGUAAGAACAAUAUGGUUCUAUAAGGAAAGUGAAAUGUGAUUGCAUAAACUAAUGUAAUGAUUAUGAUGUCUUUAUCAGUUUAAUAUUGCAUGAUGAUAAUUUAGAGGAAAUUAAAUCUUACAAUUAAUGCAUUGUCAUAAAAAAGCACAUGGAGUUGUUAAUUUGGAACUGCAUUUUGGUACCUUAAGAAUAACAUUGAUAUUUGCAUAUAAUUUGUAUUUGUGAUUAACAAAUGGAAUAGAUGUUUUUGCCAUAUUGUAGGUUGUGAAAGAAAGAUAAACUUUUAUUAAAGUUUUAUGUUCCCAUUCAGCCUUUUAUGUUUCGUGUUGAUUGUAAUAUUCACAGCUGUUCAUGUGAACUAACUUCUCACAUAGAGGUAAUUUAUUUAAUAUAUACAAGAGUUAUGUUUUAACAGGAUAUGAACAGAUACAAACUGUUAUUUUUUAUUGUCAAUUGUGUAAGAUCAUGAUAGGCAUGCAAACAUAGUUUCAAAGCCUUUCCUUCAUACUUACAAAGUUAAAUAAUUCUGCAGCAUGAAAAUAAUAAACUAGAGCUUUUAAUUUUUACCACAGAUUAUCUUGUGUGAACAGUUAUGGUAGUCACAUGUUAAGAAUUUCAAAUGGUGCUCGUAUGCAUACGGCUGUCGUCAAUCAUUUAUAUAUGAAUUCAGAUGUAUGAAUAUGUAAAUACAAGCCCUUGUAGAUAGUUUUUAUCUACUUUUAAUUGUCUGUGUGCUCUAGUCUAACGAGUUUAGCCAAUGUACACGACCCAUUUAUGAAAUAUAGUUUUGGCAGAACGCAUAGUUCUAAUGCUUCAUAAUGGUUUGAAUUGAUCUUUUUUUUCUGUAACAUUCAAAUUUAAUAAUUAAAACACGAGUUCAGAAAAGCUUUUUUUCUUUUUUUACUCACUUGCUUGAUGAUUUAUGUUUGAAGCUGCUCACAGUCUCAAUGAUGUACAACAGCUUUAACCUUGAGAUAGUGUACAUAUCUGUUCAAUCUGUAGACAAAGGUGUAUAUAUGUACAUUAAUUGUGUAUGUAUAAAUUAUGGUGUGAAAUGAUGACUCAAUCAAAUCAGAUGAAACAUUUGCAAGUCAUUGUGUUUGGGUUUAUAUGGCAUUCAGGUUUCUGUUAGGUAAGAUUUAAGAUAUCACUGAAAUUCAAGAAUCGUGCAUAUGCCGUGUUCAAUAAGUGUGUUUUCAGAGAAAUUAUAUUUUGAUCACGUACACAUUGCGGCAAGUUGAAUGCACUUGUGUCUGCUGUACAGGUGGUUGUUGAAUGAAUGUUCCAUUAUGUCCCCUGUCCUAUUCAUGUGUUAAUAUGCAUGGUGAUGUUCAGCCUUAAAAAUGGUGUAUAUAGUCAACACUAUAUAUAUAUUACUUAUGUGUUGUUGCAAUCCUUUGUCAAAAUUCAUACAAGUAACAUGUUUGAUAAGUAUUGGACAUUCUCCUUUCUUGUAAUGAAUUGUUGAUAGUGAAAAUUUCUUAUCGUAAUGUUUGACACAGGUUUUGUGUUUUUUUGCAUUGUGUUUUCAGUACUAGAUUGAUCAUUAAAAUGCAGAGUAAUUUA